GUUGUCAUGGCAUUGAAUGAAACUUUCUUCGUAUCUCAUGGAACGCCAGCUAUUGCCGUUGAUGACUCCCUUCUCCCAAGGCAUUUCUUAAAAUCUUUUGCCAAAAAAGUCUUGAAUCAAAGGCCGAAAGCAAUUUUGAUAAUCUCCGGUCACUGGGAAACGUCAGAGCCUACUGUUAAUGUCAUCCAUGGCAACAAUGACACCAUCUAUGACUUCCACAACUUUCCCAAGCCCUUGUAUCAGCUCAAAUAUCCAGCACCAGGGGCACCAGAAUUGGCAAAAAGGGUGAAAGAGCUGCUUGAGGGAUCUGGAUUCAAGCAGGUGAACGAGGAUAAAGAGCGUGGUUUGGACCAUGGUGCAUGGGUUCCAUUGAUGGUCAUGUAUCCAGAGGCUGAUAUCCCAGUUUGCCAGCUCUCAAUCCAAACAAGCCAGGAUGCCACUCAUCAUUAUAAUGUUGGAAAAGCAUUGGCACCUCUCAAGGAAGAAGGAGUACUGAUAAUUGGUUCAGGAACUGCCACUCACAAUUUGAAGUCUGCUAGACCUGACAACAAAGAUGAUUCUGUUGCUUCCUGGGCUUUAGAGUUUGACAAUUGGCUCAAAGAAGCCCUUAUCAGCGGCAGGUUUGAAGAUGUUAACCACUACCUAGAGAAGGCCCCAUAUGGAAAACUUGCACAUCCAGAACCGGAUCACUUUUACCCUUUACAUAUUGCUAUGGGAGCAGCAGGUCAAUAUGCAAAAGCAGAACUCAUCCAUAGCAGUUGGUUCGCUCAUACCCUUUCGUUCUCCUCUUUUAAGUUCACUUCCACAAUCUAA